AUGGCCAUCGGCGAGGACCUGCGGAGCCGUCGGUUCUGGUGCUCCCUGCUGGCGGAGGCGGCUGGCACCCUGAUCUUCGUCUGGCUGGUGCUGGGCGCCUCGUGCCCCAGCGGCCCCGGGCGCAUCACAGCCCCACCCGCACUGCAGCCGGCUCUGACGGCCGGGCUGGCGGCCCUGGGCCUGGCUCACUGCUUCGGCGAGGUCAGCGGGGCCCAGGCCAACCCGGCCCUCACCCUGGCCUUCCUCUGCACCCGCAAGCUGGAUGCCCUGCACGGAGCCGCCUACAUCCUGGCCCAGUGCCUGGGUGCCGUCCUGGCCUCGGCCGCCGUCUGCCUGGCGCUGCCCACUGCAGCUGCCAGCCACCUCGUCACCAGGGUGAGCAGCGAGGGGAACGCUGGGCAGGCGCUCGCCAUGGAGACCUUCUCCACCUUCCAGCUGGCCUUCACCAUCUUCGCCGUGGAGGACCAGCGGCGCCGAGGGGCGGGCGAGCCGGGCGGCCUGGCCAUCGGCUUCUCCGUGACGGCUGGAGCGCUGGCUGCGGGGACGUUCUCCGGGGGCAGCAUGAACCCAGCCAGAUCGCUGGGCCCAGCCGUCCUGACGGGCAUCUGGGACCAUCACUGGGUGUACUGGAUCGGCCCCUCGCUGGGCGCGGUGCUGGCUGGCCUCUCCUACGAGUUCCUCUUUGCCUCCAGCGCCUCCCGGGAGAAGCUGGUCGCCUGCCUGACCUGCCGGGACAUCGACAUUGUGGAGACGGCCAGCGUGUCCCACUCCUCUCUCUCCACCGCCCCGCAGGACACCGCCCGUGCCAAGCCACCCCGCAAGGGGGAGCAGCGCUGAGCCAGCAUGGCCUCCCCCACCCCGUCCUGCCCACCAAGGACCUGCCAGCCUCCUUGAGUGACCCCCACUGUCAUGAUCCAGCCCACCCUCACCCCACCUGCUAGCCCCACUGAGUGACCCCUACCCCCAGUGCUGCUCCAGCACCGGUACCAGCUGCACCCAGCAUCCACCGGUGGAGGCAGGAGACGGGCAAGACCAGGGCCAGUUCAGAUCAGAACCCACCACAUCUCAGUCCUGGGGCUCAGAGAAACAGGGCCACCGCUUUUGGACAGACAGCAUAGCCUGUGCAUAGAGUGGGGGGCUGGGAGCUAGGACUCCUGGGUUCGAUCCCUGGUUUUGAGAGGGGAGUGGCAUCUAGUGGUUAGAGCAGGGAGGGCUGGGAGCCAGGACUCCUGCGUUCUAUCUGCAGCAAUGCUACUCACUCAGUACGUGACUGGCUGCUUUCUGUGCCUCAGUUUCCCCCUCUCAAAAUGGCAGUGCCGCUCCCCUGACUCCUGGGGGGGCGCAAGGCACACUCUGUCCAUGCUGGCACCGUGAGAGGGUUCGUUGUGGGUGAGGAUAGCUCUGGCACGGUCCAUGCCCACAGCCCUGGUGCUGGCUGGGAGCCUAUCGGCUCCUCUGUACAGUUGAUCAUUAUUGGCAGGCUCCUGCUUGGCUCCCAGGCUGGCAGCGGUGGGUGGCAUAGCCCAGCCUGGUUCACCGCAUUGCUGUUCCUGCAGCCCCGUGGGGCACUGGGGCGCCCCAGACAGGGUGCCCCAAGGCAGCUGGGGCCAGGGCUGGGUGCUGCAGCCUGAUCGCUGGGCACCACACGGACCCCAUGGCCACCGAGCUCAAGGGCAAAACGGCCUCUGGCUUCGUGCCCCCCCAUUCGCAGUCUGGGUUUGCUCAUAGGUCUGGACCCUCCCCUGCCCCACAGAUACAGGCCACCCUGGCUACAGCAGUGCCCUCCCGCCCCCGGUUACUGCUGAUCGCCCCCAGAACAAGUCAGCGGCACCACUUGGGAACGGGGCUCACCCCGCUCUGGCUGCAGCCGGCCACUUGUUCUCAGUGUCCCCUGGGCCCGCCUGGAGCGACCUGCUCCAGGUGUGAUCCGUGGGGCAGAGGGCUCGGCAGGCCAGCGGGCCAAGGCAGGGCGGGGUCCAGUGCCUGGCAGCUGAAGCUGGAGGGGAAUGAACCGUCGGGACGGAUCGGGAGCUGCCCGGUAAUCAGGGACGGGCCUGGCGCCGGGGCGGUGCUGGAGGGAUGGGCCGGGUUAGUUUCACAAGGGGCUGGCUGGGAAAACAAGCAGGCUUGAGAUACCCCACGUCUCAGCAACCCCUUGGGCAGGGAGAGGGCCGGGAACGCAGGAGGGCGGAGGGGCUGAGGCAGGGGCUGGAAAGGGCACGUCGUCCGGGGGAAUCCGGCUGGCACCCGCAGAGCUGGGUGGCCGAACGAGCGGCAUGGCAGGGCCCGAGGGACAACAGCCGUGGGCGCGGCCUGGCAGUGGGUUUGACCCCCUUUCCCUCCACACGCUGUAGCUGCUGCUCCGAUUA